UCACGGUCCCUGGCUGGGUUCUGGCGGCCUGGAGACUGAGGAAGAGGCUUUCAAGGCCUUCCGCGAUGCCUCCUCAGCGGCGGGUCAGUCAGCUCCUGGAACUAUGCCUUUGGUGCUUCAUGGAGAAUAUUUCCAGAUACAUCACAGACAUCAAGCCGUUGCCUCCCAACAUAAAAGACAGACUGAUUAAGAUAAUGAGCACACAAGGGCGAAUAACAGAUUCAAAUAUAAGUGAGAUUUUACAUCCUGAAGUUCAAAUUCUAGAUCUACGGAGCUGUGAUAUCUCAGACACUGCUCUCCAGCACGUGUGUAACUGCAGAAAGCUGAAGGCAUUAAAUUUAAAUUCCUCACAAGAAGACAGAGUUUCCAUAACUUCAGAAGGAAUAAAAGCUGUGGCUUCAUCUUGUUCAUAUCUGCAUGAAGUUUCCUUGAAAAGAUGCUGCAGUCUCACUGAUGAAGGAGUCCUUGCUCUUGCACUCAAUUGCCGGCUGCUGAAGAUCAUUGAUCUUGGUGGCUGCUUGAGUAUUACUGAUGUGUCCUUACAUGCAUUAGGGAAAAACUGCCCUUUUUUGCAGUGUGUCGACUUUUCUGCUAGUCAGGUAUCUGACAAUGGUGUGGUUGCACUUGUUAGUGGACCAUGUGCCAAGAAAUUAGAGGAGAUUCAUAUGGGACAUUGUGUAAAUCUGACUGAUGAGGCUGUAGAAGCUGUCCUUACUUACUGUCCUCAGAUCUGUAUAUUAUGCUUCCACGGAUGCCCCCUAAUAACAGAUCAUUCACGAGAAGUCUUGGACCAAUUAGUAGGCCCAAACAAACUAAAGCAAGUGACAUGGACUGUUUAUUGAUGUUUUUGAAGCUUAUCAAAGUUAUGAAAGCUUAUCCCAACUACUUUCCCAGGAAAUGGUUUAUAGAUAAUAGCUUUCCACUUAUUUUAUUCUUAUUUAAGCUGUAACUCUCAGAGAAUCAGCUAAAUCUCCGUAUGUAUGUGUUUGUGCUUUAAAGUUAAGAGACUCUUACAAAUUUUAAUACUGCUGUAAUAUAUUUGUAUUUGUUUGAUGAGACAUUGUCUUUGAAGUGCUAAUCCUAGUAGGAACUCUUACCUAUCUGAGGGGGGAGGAGGCUGGGUUUUGUUUCUUAAGUAACAAAGGUUCAAAUUAUCUGUUUUCCCUUGAGAUUUCCUUCUCUGUAGGUAUUGAACUCCUGUAUGAGAUAUUUACUGACAUGGAUAAACUUUAGGAGAAUUCUAAGUAAAGAUAUUUCUAAAAGCAUAUUUACCUUCCUAGUUACUUUCUGGCUCUUGCCUUCAUGAAGUAUUUAAAUGGCCACUUGCCAAAAGCAAAGCUGAACAUCAAGCUUGUGAAUUCUUCACGGAAACUUAUGUACUCUGUUUCAUUGAAAUAAAGUUAUGAUUUAUAGCAUUAAAGCUUAACUAUUCAGCAUACCAAUAUUCAAGGCCCUUGCAUCAUUACUUAUUUCACUGAUUUUAUGGCUACUCUUCCCAAAUAUGUUUUAUUCAUUUAUGAACUUUCUUCUUUAGCAAUACUGCAUUUAAAAGUGUGAUUACAUCACCCCUAAAUUUAGCCUGUGUCACUAGUACUUUCAUAAAGCCUUUUUAUUUUAGCCUGGCAUGGUAGAACAUGCCUAUAAAUCUCAACACUCAAGAGACGGAGACAGGAUUGUGACUUCAAAGCCAGUCUGGGCUACGUGGUGAGGCCUUGUCUCAAAAACAAGAGAAAGAUGCUGCACAGUGGAAUCAAGCCAGAGCUCCUAGUCAGCCACAUACCCCAAGGGCAAAGAACUGACCCUCUAGUGUUUUGUGUUGCUAAUCUGUGGUGUUCAUUCUGUAGGUUAGAUGUAUUAAUUGCAUUUGGGGUCUAAUUUUUGCUUUUGUGUUUUGUUUUGAGACAAUGUCUCACUGUGUAGCCCAAGUUAGCUUGGAACUGUGAUCUUCCUGUUUCUAACUCCUGAGUACUGGGAUUAUAAGUGUGUGCCACCAUAGCCAUUUUAAAUGAAUUUACAGAAUAUUUUCAACAUGCAAUAGAUUUAUCAAGACAUAUCCUCAUUAUAAGUCAAGGAACAUCUGUACUUGAAUUUUUUUGGUGGUACUGGGGUUUGAACUCAGGGCCUCCCAGCCCUUUUUAUUUUUUUGCGAUGGUUUUUUUCUAGAUAGGAUCUCAUGAACUAUUUGCCUGGGCUGGCUUUGAACAGAGACCCUCCUAUCUCUGCCUCCUAAGUAGCUAGAGUUAUUGGCACCCAGCUUGUCCUUGAAAUGUUAAAAGAAAAAAAUAAAAUCUAGAAUGUUGUACCAGUGAAAUUAUCUCUCAAAAGUACUGGAGAAAUAAAGACUUUCUUAGACAAACAAAAACUGAGAAUUGUAAAAAUAAGGUCUUAUGAGAGAAGUAUUUAUAGGCCAGAAACAUAAAUCUACAUAAAGAAAGGAAGAAAGGAAGCCAGGUAUGGUGGUGAAUGACUAUAAUCCCAGCACUUGGAAGGCUGAGACAGGGAGAUUGAA